AAGGGUUGAAAUUCAAUAUAAUUCUGUUCUCUAUUUCAAGUGAACCUUGGACUUCAGUGGACUAUUUAAAGAGAUCCAGCACUUGCAUUACAGGUGUCUCUGGGCAGACUCACCAUGUCAAGUGGAAUGGGAGUUUCUUUGGUCCUGCUGAUCUUUGCUGCAUGGGUAGCAGAAGGCCGUGAUUCUGCUCCUCCAGAAGUGCUUACCAAAUAUGGGAGGCUCCGGGGCCAGCAGAUCAAAGUCAGUGCUCUAAAAAAAGAUGUGGAUGUUUUCCUUGGAAUUCCCUAUGCCAAGCCACCGGUGGGACAUUUGCGGUUUGCCCCACCGGUACCGGCUGAACCAUGGAGCGGUCUCAGAGAUGCAACAUCCUACCCACCCAUGUGCCUGCAGGAUCCAGUGGCGGGGCAAACUCUGUCGGAUGCUUUUAGUACCAGAAAAGAACAUGUUCCAUUGACUAUUUCUGAGGACUGUUUGUAUUUAAAUGUCUACACAGUGGCUCGUUCGGAUACAAAACCCAAGUUACCGGUGAUGGUUUGGAUUCAUGGAGGGGGGUUAUUGUUGGGUGCGGCCUCCACAUACGACGGGUCGGUGUUAGCUGCUUCUGAAGACGUGGUCGUUGUAGCGAUUCAAUACCGGCUGGGCAUCCUUGGCUUUUUUAGUUCUGGUGACGCAACAGCUCGUGGAAACUGGGGCUUUCUCGACCAAGUGGCAGCUCUCCAGUGGAUCCAAGAGAACAUUGCAGCGUUUGGAGGUGAUCCGGGAUCUGUUACUAUAUUUGGUGAAUCUGCAGGUGGAAUCAGCGCUUCUGCCCUGGUCUUAUCUCCACUGGCAAAGGGAUUGUUCCACAAAGCCAUCUCUGAAAGUGGCGUGUCUCUCCUUGAUGCUCUCCUAGACCUUCAUCCAGGAAAGCUAGCUAAGAAAAUCACAGAAUCUGCCGGCUGUGAAACAUCAAGCUCAAGCGAGAUGGUUCGUUGUCUCAAGGGGAAGACAGAAGAUGAAAUUUUGCAGACCACCCUCAAGAUGGAAUUUACCACAGUCCAUCUGGAGGAAGAUGAAAAACACAUUGUCUUUUUCCCUGCAGUAGUUGAUGGUGUGUUUUUUACCAAGCUGCCCAAGGAGCUCCUAGCAGAGAAAAAAAUCAAUAAUGUACCCUACAUGAUUGGGGUCAAUAACCAUGAAUAUGGAUGGAUCAUUCCGAGUGUGCUCCAGUUUCCAGAUUUCACAAGAGGCCUAGACAGAGCAACAGUAAAUACUGUGAUUCGUGGCUCAGAACAAUUCACGACUGUUGCCCCCGAACACGCUCACAUCAUUCUCGAUGAAUAUCUGAAGGAUAUUGAGGACCCCAUACAACUGCGGGACCAACUUCUUGACUUGUUUGGAGAUGUGGUCUUUGUGGCUCCUGGCAUUCAAACAGCGAGAUUCCACAGAGAUGCUGGAUACCCAACCUAUGUGUACGAAUUCCAGCAUCGUCCAAGUUGGCAUGAAGCUCUUAAGCCAGACUUUGUGAAAGCGGAUCACGGAGAUGAAAUUGGCUUUGUCUUCGGAAAGCCCUUCUUGGAAGACAAAGCUAACAAAGAAGAGAGAAACCUGAGCAAAAUAAUCAUGAAAUACUGGGCUAACUUUGCUCGCACUGGGAACCCUAAUGGAGACGGCCUGACAGCGUGGCCCAAGUACGACCAGAAAGAACAAUAUCUGGAAAUCGGCUUGAAGCAAAAGGUGUCAAAGAAGCUGAAAGAGAAGCAAGUUGCCUUCUGGACCAAGACCUUGCCUGAAAAAAUAGCUGAAAGCAGAAGAGCACGCACAGAGUUAUAAGCCCUCCAUGGUGUCGAGAGGCUAUUUUGCCACUAAAUUAGGUUGUUUGUCGUUUCAGAGAACUUUUAUCUUGGGUUGCAAUGUUGGUCAAUCGAUUCAUCAAAUAUUGUUAACUGUUCACAGAAACAUAGAAACAUAGAGCCGGAUGGGAACCCAAGGGUCAUCUAGUCCAGCCACCUGCACAACACAGGAAAUUCACAGCUAUCCCCCUUCACUUCCCUUAGUGACCCCUGCUGUAUGCCCAGAGGAAAGAAAAAAACCUCCAGGAUCCCUGGCCAAUCUGGCCUGGAGGAGAAUUCCUUGCUGACCUACCCUGGGCAUAUAAGGGCCAUGAGAGCCAAGUACCGGCUCAACCCUUCAUGCCCUCCCUCUCCACAUCUUGGAACAUUCCUAUUAAGUCAGAGAAUCAUCAUAGCUGUCAGAUGACCAUCUAGCCUCUUCUUAAAUACCUCCUAGGAAGGAGCCCACUGCCUCCCAGGAAGCCUCUUCCACUGAGCAAUAGCUCAACCGUUACCUUAGAGGACCCCACUGUCCAAUUUACUAUAAUCCAAGUUCUCUCCUGCCCUCUCUACCAAAUAAGGCACCACAGAGCAGGACAGGGAAGUUUUUCAUAAACUGUCUUUUCUUCCGUUCUUGGCCUUCCAAGGAGCCCGCAGGUCUCAAUGUCAGGUAACUGCUGCUUUUUAUGUUGUCAAAGGGAGCUUGCAUUGCUUCUCUCUCUCAGCACCCCUCUCUGAGGUCAGAAAUCUUUCUGGUCUUAUAUGGAGCUUCUUAAGGCAGUGGCUGUUUUAUAGCUAUGAUGUGUGGUUUAUAGGUUUGGUUUGGCUUAAGAAGAUAGCCUAGUCUUAUGCCUUGCUUCCAUGUGGAUUCCUCUUCAUAUCUUGAAAAGGGGGUCCUCCACAGUAGAACAUGUUCCUCUGGAGUUAGGUGCCUUCUGCUCAUUGGAAGAUGCUGGCUGCACAUUAGCUGAAGCACCUUGCACCAUAGGGACUGGACUCCACAUCAGAAGAACAUGCUCUGCCACAGACUGAGAAGGUCACCAACGGCAGCAAAGUAGAAUAUUUAAGCCAAUGUUUCUACCUUUUUAAUUUAUUCUUCAGGUUCCAAAGUAAAAGCCAAGAACAACAGUUCGCUCUCCUUGAAUACAGCAUUCAUAUGCAUCCCUGUUCUCAUAAUACUGUCAUAAAUUGUUUCAGCAGAUUUAACUAGCUCAUGUUUCCUACCACUUGCAUAACACUGUUCAGGUCAUCCCACCUUAGAAAGAUGCACGUUCUAGAGCUAGGAAAAGGUACAAGAAAGGAAGCCUCAAACAAUCAAGGGAUUGGAGCACCUGCCAGAUGAAGAAAGGUAUUUGGAACAGCCGCACACCUGGUGUACAUGGGGGAAGAGGGGGGUGCAUGAAGUCCUGUGGGGUGUAUCUCUUGCCCAUCCUGCUGCAAGGUAAUAGAUUAUGCCCUGUGUCAUUUUUCUUCUGCAAAGCUAUUCUGGCAUCAAACAAAGUCAAUCUACUUUGAAUCUUUAGAAAAAUAUGAAGAGGUCAUGUUUUAAUAAAUAAUUCUAAAAAUCA